CUCGAGGCACACCAUCGCCGACAGACCGGGCACCCCUCCAAAAUUAAUCACCUCAGAACCAAGCGGUGGCCCACUUCUACAGUAGCGACUACAACAAGACCUGCACGCACGACGUGGUCAAGACGACUUGAGCCAACAUGCCCCGCAACGAUGACAAGACCACCCCCGCCCCACCGCCACAGGAACAACAGCAGCAGCAGCAGCAGCCGCCGCCAGAAACCCUCAUCUACUUCGCUUUCGGCUCCAACCUCAGCAGCACGCAGAUGCGCGCCCGCUGCCCCGGCGCCGAGGCCGUGGGGCUGGCGUACCUGCCAGGCUACGAGUUCAUAAUCAACGAGCGCGGCUUCGCGAACGUCGUCACCACAACCGCCAACCACCACCACCACCCCAACAGCAGCAGCACGAACACGACAGCCCCAGCUGGUGAAGGAGGAGGGGACGUUGUUGGUGGUGUCGUCGGGGUCUACGGCGUCCUCUACCGCCUCGCCUCGGCCGCGGAGAAGGCCCGCCUCGACGCGCACGAGGGCGUCCCCCUCGCGUACGAGGACCUCGUGCUGGAGGUGGAGAGGAAGGGGGAGGGGAGGCAGCUGGUUGCCCCGGGCGCGACGGCGUCGUCGCCCAGAGCGGAGGGGACCGUCAGGGCGCUCGUCUACGUCGACCGGCGGCGGGUGAGCCCCGCUGCGCCGCGGGCCGAGUAUGUUGUCCGCAUGAACAGGGGGAUCCGGGAGGCCGUGGCCGAGUGGGGCCUGCCGCGGGACUACGUGCGGGGCGUCAUGAGGCGGUACAUCCCUGCUGAUGGUGAUGGUGCUGCUGAUGAGUGUUGACAUGAUGGUGGACGCCGAGGUUGCCGCCGGCGAGCGAGGAAGACCAAGGCGGCCGGCCGGGGAGAUGGGGUCUGUCAAAACCCCUCCUCGUGCAAAGGAAGUCGCUCUGGACACUUGGCCUGGUGGUUGACCAGGUCUGCCGGCCAGGUACGACCAGUUCAGCAGGGCCCGCGGAGGCUGGCCGGGUUUAGGAACCUUGAGGCGAGACGUCCUGGACGUCUCGACAUUCGGAUGAGGUUCGUGGCGAGGCACGGCACGGGAACGAGGGAUGGGACGGGGUCCGUGGUUGCGGAUGCGGGAUUGGUGAGAGCUCGGGGUUAUUCGGCGGUAUAUGCUGUUGCUGUCACCCGAGAUGAAUCUGCUACUACUUGCUCUUCGGUGCUCGUCCGGGUCCUUCUAUUCUUCUCUGCAGGUCAAAAAUGUAAGAAUAAGU